GAUUUCUCUCUGAUCAAGCAGACAGUUCAGGAUGCAGAGCCCAAGGAUGAACGUUCACCGAGGCUGCGAGAGUGACAGGUUAUUGCGGCAGGAGGCUGGCUGCCUAAUGGAUGAAAACCUAGUUGCAGUUCAAGAAAAAGAAACAAGUAGUGUGGCUUCUUCUGGUCUUCAAAACCAUACUUACCCCGUGUGUCCCAGGACUGAUGACCUCUCACUGGACUAUGUCUGCCCGUCAGCAAAUCUUCCAUUCCCUCACAUAAUGCCACUUCCUGAAGAUAUCCAAAGCUCUUGCUUCCAAAGUGGGACUAAACGGAACCAUGAACCCUUUCUUGCUCCAGAACGAUUUGGAAACAGCACCGUGAGCUUCAGCAGUAACACCCAUUCCCAGGCACCAGAGAAAGUGACACUUCUCGUGGAUGGCACACGUUUUGUAGUGAAUCCACACAUUUUCACUGCUCAUCCGGAUACCAUGUUGGGAAGGAUGUUUGGACCAGGAAGAGAAUAUAAUUUCACCAGGCCCAAUGAGAAGGGAGAGUAUGAGAUUGCUGAAGGAAUCAGCGCGACCGUAUUCCGAACUGUGCUGGACUAUUAUAAAACUGGUAUUAUCAAUUGUCCUGAUGGCAUCUCUAUCCCCGACCUCAGAGAUACAUGUGAUUACCUCUGCAUUAACUUUGACUUCAACACUAUCCGGUGUCAAGAUCUGAGUGCUCUGCUGCAUGAACUGUCAAACGAUGGUGCUCACAAGCAGUUUGAUCACUACCUCGAGGAGCUCAUCCUGCCCAUCAUGGUGGGCUGUGCCAAGAAAGGGGAGCGAGAAUGCCACAUCGUUGUGCUAACAGAUGAGGAUUCUGUGGACUGGGAUGAAGACCACCCCCCACCCAUGGGCGAAGAAUAUUCCCAAAUUCUUUAUAGCUCAAAGCUCUACAGAUUCUUCAAGUACAUUGAAAACCGAGAUGUCGCUAAAACAGUGCUAAAGGAACGGGGCCUCAAAAACAUUCGCAUUGGAAUUGAAGGUUACCCUACGUGUAAAGAAAAAAUCAAGAGGCGACCUGGUGGCCGAUCUGAAGUGAUCUAUAACUAUGUGCAGCGCCCCUUUAUCCAGAUGUCAUGGGAAAAGGAAGAAGGGAAGAGUCGUCAUGUGGAUUUCCAGUGUGUUCGGAGCAAAUCACUCACUAAUCUGGUGGCUGCUGGGGAGGAUGUCUUGGAAGACCAGGAGAUACUAAUGCACCACCCACCACAGGUGGAUGAACUGGACCGAUUGAAUGCCCCGCUCUCUCAGAUGGCUUCUAAUGACUUUCAGGAGUAGGGCCAACUGUGGGUCCACCCUUCUUCGGAGCUUUUCUCUGUCUGGGAUGCUCAGAGCUGAGCCUCACCCUGGUUUGUCUCCCCAUCCUUUCCCUUUCUCCCAUAAUUAAUGUGUGUCCUUUCCAGGAAGUCUGUGCCUCUGCUGCAGGGGUGGAAAAGCACUCACUGGUAACGGAACUACCAGCUUUGCACCAGCUUGAAAUUGGGGGGUUGGUGCUGUUUAGUCUACAAAACUACCGAAGCAGGAAAGGAAGUCAAGACUCCUCUUGCCUCAUACUCAGCAGAGCUGUCCUCACUCUUGAAACUCUGUCCUUGGGUUUUGUUGUGUUUUGUUUUAUACCAGGCAAAUGACUUAGCAGCAAAGGGACCAAACAAAAGGAGACAAUCUCUAGCUCUACAAGCAGGAUGUUCACUAGGUAUUAAAGAAAAUGCCUCUGCAUUGAGAUGGCGUCUGGAUAGAACCAGGCCUCAUUCGAUGUGUCCAAGAGGAAACUUUUAACAGCUUAUAUUUGGUUUUGUUUCUUAUUAUGCAAUGAACAAUCCAAAGCCAUAGAUUCUUUGACAGGAUGGAUAAUAGUGUAACAGUGUUUAGGAAAUUUAAUAUUUAAUUUGUUUUUCAGCCCAAACAGACUGUUUGGAAUGAAAGAGCCUCUCAGAUAAGGCUACUUUGCUAUCUUGGCUUGUACUCUGGUAUGAAGUCACAGGUCUACUCUCCAGCACAGCACACUGCUCGUUGUUGUGGUUUGGAGAUCUUUAGGACAGAGAACAUACAGGCUUUUAAGAUCUGGCUGGAAAUUUCUCACACAUGCUGAGUUUUUCAAUAGAAAGUUGUAAGGGAACGAGGGAAGCAUUUGGGAGUGAAACUGGAAGAGAAACGUCACCUAGCCUGGCUUUAUACUGGUGCAGUUUUUUUCAUACUAUGGAGUUUGAAGUACCAGGACACUUUAGUUUUUAAACUAGUCCACUGCUCACCCACUGGCUAAGAAUUACUAUUGUCAUCCUCAAAGGAUGAAUGAGCUAAAGGGACUUGGGGCCUAGUAAUCUGAUGUCAGCUGUUAGUAAUACAUGCUAUAUGACAAGUCCCAAGCCCUGCUCCCACCCCCACCCCCUUGGUAAUGAACUACCUUCCCUUGGUGUUUCCAUGGCUGGUAACAGUAGACCUUAGAGUCUAGAACUGUAAGUGUAUGUCUUGAGAACGUCUCCCAAUGUGAAAGUUAGCCUUCCAAACUUCCAAACUUUCAAACUUUCAAAACUUUCAAAAGUCAAAACUUUCAAAACUUUGAAAAAAACUUUCAAAACUUUCAAAAGUCAGAUGAACUGUUCUCCUGGCUUUGAAGAGUGUUCUUUGCAUUUGCCUACAAUAUUCCUUACUCAGAAAAGCGUUUAAGGGGUUAAAGUGAGUCACCUCCACUUAAAAUUCUGAUUACCACUGGCACUUUUGCAAGGCUGAUGGCCAGGGUUUAAGAUUUAAGAUUAGGAUCAUUCUCUGUAGCCAGUGGGUUUUGGAAUUUUUGUUUUUUAAUGUGAUGAGCUGCUCAGGGUGGAAGAGCUGGUGGUAGGUGCCAGUGUGAAUUUCAUCAAUGACUGUGGACUCUGAGUCUACAAACACUGCCUGGGCACAUGUUUACCGGUGCCUGUUUCACUGAAGAAGGUGUUGAAGGAGUCGUCUCCUCCCCCAAUGGUCUUGUCACUGGGCAUCUGACCAUUGGGCUGGAUGCUGUGUUCCAGGCAGAAGAGCUCCCAGCAGGCGUUGCCAAUCUGGACACCAGCCUGGCCAACGUGGAUGGAGAUGCACUCACGCAUGAUGAGGACUUGCCGGGUUCGGGGACAGGAGAAAGCGAAGGAUCAGAGUCGAGGGUCUCCCACUAGCAGACUACCAAGGAGUCAGGGGGAACAGACUCCGUGUGGACUCCAGGCCAGGUUGUUCUCACUUGGGCGCCCCAGAGAGGGGUGGAUGAGAGCCUUCCAUGCCCCAAAGGAUCCAGCCCUGGCAGCUGACCUCCACUAUCCAACUGCCACCACACUCCAGGCCACUUUCUGGACCGUGUGGUUGCUUUGCGGCCGCAUGACACAUUAGACACGUCCUACCCAUUUUCCAUAAUUACCACACCAUAUUUGAUGGGGUUCAGACAGUAGGCAACAAAACCAUAGAGAAAUAUAUAUAUAUAUAUAUUUAUAAAUAUAUUACCUCUUGGAGAGCCUGGCAAGCUAUCCAGAGUAUCCUGCCUGCAUGGGCAGAGCCUGGCAAGCUCCCCAUGGCAUAUUCGAUAUGCCAAGAACAGUAACAAUAACAGGUCUCAUUCCCCUGACCCUGAAAGAGCCUCCAAUCCUUGGGAAAGAUGAGUAAGGAGAGGCUGCUAAAAUCUCAGGCUGGGAGGAAUAGAGACGUUACUGGCAACCGCUCGAGUAAAUCGAGGAACAACGGGAUGACAGUGAUACAGUGAUAUGUGAAACCUAUAAUAGAUUUGGCUUUGACCUUGUCCACCGGUAGCUGGCCAUCCCAAAUAACUGUUUGGUGCUUUCUUUAUACUUUCUAUUUUCAUGCCACCACCCAGGAAGCUUGAAUGGACUGUGUAAUAUGUGUUAAUAUAAUUUAUGUACUACUAAGUAAGUGUAAACAAGUCAUCAGUAACACACUGAUCAGUCCUUUAAAAAAAGUAAAAAUCCAGAUAAGGAAUUAUGGCAUGAACUUGUACUAUGCUGUGUAAAUUCAUUUCUUUGGGCUCUCAAAACUAGGUCAUCCGCAUAGUGCUCCAGUGUCCCACCUAACAUAGACAGAUUGAGCUGGUGUGCUUUGAGCUCCAACCUAUAGGAUGCGAGUGAACUAGAAAGCUGUAGAGGGGAAGUUGCCAGGUACUGAUGACUGAGAGAAGAGGGGGGCUCAAAGGUUUCUUUUGCACCCAACCGCCUCCCCAUCUGAGCUCAGUAUCACUGUCAUUUGAUGGCUCCCCUCCAGCUGUUGUUUCCAGGGCCUGAACAUUCCAUAGGGGCAAACCUCUCUGUCCCCACAGGGACAAGAGCAAGAGGAGCUGCAGUUCCCUUCAGUUAACAGGGUCUGGGGUGUUCCUAUUUGAAAAGGUGGAACUAAGUUUUGGUGUUUUUUUUUAAGUGCCUAAAUAAGCCAGACUGUUUAUAAGAAGUAUUUUCAUAAAAAAAAUGAUUUACAUAGAAUGUCUUACUAAGAGGCCUUUCAGCAAGCAAAGAUGAACCUGAGUUUGUUCAUGCAUCACACCAUGUAGAGUUGAUUCAGAAACAUUUGCCACUGAAAAUCUGGAGUGGGCUGAGACAGUUAGAGUAUGUCGACUGAUUAAAGUUUUUUCCAAAAGGAAGGAAACAGGUAAAAGGGUAGGGAUUCUAAGCUGGUUUACUGAACAGUAUACAGCAGGCUGACAUUAAACUCAAUUUCAAGAACAUGGUGUGAUAUCUAAUGAUGGUCUAUGAAAAUACUGUGGAGUAAGCCCGGGACAGAUACUUUAUUUGCAAAUAGUGUUGCCUUGGGUCCCUCUGUCAGUAAAAACAAUCAACACAGACUUUUAAAAACUCAAACUGUCAAAAAGAAUAAUGUGGCGCCUUACUUAAUCAGUUGUCAACAGAAGUUAAGAAUUGGGGUUCAAUAAUUUACUCAAUGCCACUUCUUGCCAUCGUUUUAAAAUUGUUAAAAUGGGCACAGUGGGUUCCAGCAGCAAACCUGAUACCUGCAUGGAGCGAUGGAGCCACAUUUCAUUCUCCGGGCAGGAGUACCGCGGCAGAAGAUUGUUUCCUCUAAGGCAAAAUGCUUCUAAGUUUUGCCUUUUUACUUCGUGUUUUUAUUGCACAUGCUCACCUACCAGUGUUUACGAAAUUCUCUAUUUGGGAUGCCUUUUCUAAAAUAAAAUACUACCGUUUGUGUGUC